UGAAUUUAUUUAAAUAUGGAAAAAGAAGGUGAAAGCAUCCAUGCGCAGAGAGCAAAGGGUGCCCCACUCCCACCCCCUUUCAUGGCCUCGGCUCCCAUCCCAACAGCCGUCCACCUCAAAAGCUCCCUCAAAUAUCAUUCUCUUCCUCACCGCAAUUCAAUAAAAUAAUCGCCGUUUUCCCCUUUUCCCCGAUGAUUUCCGGGGAACAUUACAGUCUGCCACCACCAUUAUUCAAUCUCAUCACUUCAUCUUUUUCAUCGAUCAACAACUAACUUCUUAUACCACACAAACACUUGUGUAACGGAAAGAGGUAGAUCAAUAUGGGUGGGAUGACCUCAUCCAUGGCGGCGAAAUUCGCAUUCUUCCCGCCCAAUCCACCUUCGUAUAAGCUAGUUAAAGACGACCUCACUGGUUUACUCCUUCUCAGUCCUUUUCCUCACCGGGAAAACGUCGAAGUUCUUAAACUAACCACUCGUCGAGGAUCGGAGAUCGCUGCUGUGUACGUGAGACACCCUAUGGCUACUUCAACUGUUCUGUAUUCUCAUGGUAACGCCGCCGAUCUAGGUCAGAUGUAUGAGCUCUUCAUCGAACUCAGUAUUCGGUUAAGAGUAAAUCUCAUGGGGUAUGACUACUCAGGAUAUGGACAAUCUUCGGGGAAGCCAAGUGAGAAUAACACAUACGCGGAUAUCGAAGCAGUUUAUAAGUGUCUCGAAGAGAGCUAUGGAACAAAGCAAGACGAUAUCGUCCUUUAUGGUCAAUCCGUUGGAAGUGGGCCCACAUUAGAUUUAGCAGUUCGCCUUCCUCGAUUAAGAGCAGUCAUACUUCAUAGUCCGAUACUCUCAGGAUUACGAGUCAUGUACCCUGUUAAACGCACAUAUUGGUUCGACAUUUAUAAGAACAUCGACAAAAUCCCAAUCGUCGAUUGCCCCGUUCUCAUCAUUCAUGGCACAGCGGAUGAAGUGGUUGAUGUAUGUCACGGGAAGCAACUUUGGGAGCUUUGCAAAGAGAAAUACGAACCACUUUGGAUCGAAGGAGGAAACCACUGCGAUCUCGAGCUUUAUCCCGAUUACAUCCGCCAUCUGAAGAAAUUCAUCUCAACGAUCGAGAAAUCGCCGCCGCACAGACACAGCAGUUCGCGGCGGAGCACCGAUCAUCAUUUUGAACCACCACGGCGGAGCACCGACGUGUUUGAGGCAUCGAGAAAAAGCACAGAUCGACGAGAGAAACCGAGGAAAAGCACCGAGAAACUGAAAGCGCAAUCGAUUAAUGUGGAGAAGUUGGAGAAGAUGAGGAUGUCGUUUGAUCAAAUGGAGAGAUCGAGAAGAAGUGUUGAUGUGAAUGUGAUUGAGAAGACGAGAAAGAGUGUGGAUGUUCAACAGCUGGAGAGAGGGAGAAAGAGUGUUGAUCGGAUGGAUAGAAUACGAAGUGGAUAGAAUCUUCAUAGAAGGUGUUGUGAUUUGAUUUGGUGUUUAUUUAAACUAAAAAAAAAAUGUAAAAUUUAAGCAUGGU